CUGGCUCUGCUUCAAGGUGCGUCCCCGGAGACCGAAGAACUUACAGUUUACAGGACAAAGACGAAGGCAGCAGAAGAUGAAACAGAUUUUGUUUUCCUGUGCGAUGAUUCACGUCCUUCUACUUGUUUCGUCUGUCCAGUGUGAUGAAGAGUCUGACAGUGUUUCGACGAACACUGAUGCAGAAAGAGGGUCUUCUGGUCUUAUACCCAUGCCACGGGUCGGCCGCUCGGACCUGGCGUGGACUCUUCAACGACAAGGUGAUACUGUUCCCUCUAGCCUUAUAAACAGGAGAAGUUCAUCUGGCCUUAUCUCCAUGCCGAGAGUGGGACGCGGAUUCUUAGGGCUAGCACCAGGAGUGCGCACGGAUCCGUAUCUGAAGGACAAACGCGGAUCGUCCGGUCUUAUUCCUAUGCCGAGGGUGGGAAGGUCAGAUGUCUUUUGGCCAUUAACAGAUGCCUUCAAUGUGGAUGGAAACAAGGUGGGCGGUUUAGAGAAGAAUAUCAAUGGUGAUGCUGGCAAGACAUCUACUGGUAUGUGGUUCGGACCCAGACUGGGAAAACGCAGAGAGGGCAACAUUGAUAUUCCCUGGGCAAUAGUUACAGUCAAAGAGAUUCCUGCAGACGUCAGGGACUACACACCGUACCUGACCAGAGAGUCGGAGGGAAAGGAAGACUACCGCGUUCUCUUGGACGAAGAAUUGCCUGUACGAAGUGGAAGAAUUAUUCACGGUCAUGAAUAGGUGGAACACUUGAAAACAUCAAGAAUGUCCCUGCCUAAUGUAAUCUUUGGUCUAUUUAAAUAACCCAAGGUCGCCUGUUCUGCGGCACUAACUUCUCGGCUGAUCUCAUAAUCAAAAUUAGGUAUCACAACUUUCUGUCUUCUAAUAAAUAAAAAAUUAAGAUAACCAAACUUUAUUUGCAGUUGUGAAUUAAAUGUAAACUGAUCUGCAAAUUAUAAUCUCCGAGUCCAGAUCGAAUCAUCGAUUUGUGUAAAAUAAAAAAAAUAUAAUCAUAAACAAUUUAACUAUAGGCUACUAUGCCUUUUUUUUAGUAUAUUUGGUUCGACCUUACAAUUUACCAAUGAUUUGUAUCUCUCUCGGAUUGUGAACAACCUGAAAAAAAACUAUUUAUUAUCUGAACAAUAUAAUAUGCUUUCAAGGUC